AUGGCUCCAAAGCUGGCUCCAGAAGAUGCUUACUUGAGUUUGACGCGAGAAGACAUAUCUGUGCUCAAGAAUGACUGGUUGACGGACAAUGUCAUCGCAUUUUGGGAAGAAUACCUGGAGCGCGAAUAUCUUGUCAACUUCAAACACUCUCACAUUGUCCUACUUCGCCCUACCAUGUCGUUUAUGCUCAUGCAAACGCCCGAUCCGCGGACAAUCAAGGACGCCCUCCCUGAUCUCACCAACGUCUCGCAUAUUUUCCUCCCGAUCAACGACAAUCACGCUGUUAAUGUCGCAGAGGGCGGGACUCAUUGGUCCCUGCUCCUUGUCUCGAUUGUCGAUGGAGUUGCCUUUCACUACGAUUCGAUGCCUCCUGGGAAUCAAUUCGAAGCACAUCACGUCACACAGAAGCUAUCGAGAUUGAUCAACAGGCCUCUUAAAUUCAUCCAUUUACAUGACAGUCCUCUACAGGAUAAUUCGUCGGACUGUGGAGUGUUUGUCUGUCUGAACAUGAGACAUUUAUUGCUGAAGCGACUUUUGAUGGUAAGGACCGACGCGAAGGUCAGCAUGAGUCUAGGUGGUAGGAAAGUGGAUGCAACUGCCGGCCGGAAAGAGAUGCUGCGGAUCAUUGAUGAGUUCAGAAAAGAGGGCGAGAGACGAAGAUCGUGA